AACAGAAUCAAUAGAACCUUGCCCUUCUUUAUCAAUGGAAAAGGCUAGCCUAUACAUACAUACAUUAUAUAUAUGUAUAUGUGUAUGUAUCACCCCCCCGGUUUCAAAAUUCCAUUCUUUUCUCUUCCUUUUUGUUUUCUAUUUCGCCAUCAAAACGGAAAAGCAAAGAAUGAUACCCAGAGAGAGAGAGAGAGAGAGAGAGAAUCUCCUUUUGGGAGAGAAAUUAGUUCUUCCUUUCGAAGUUUCAUGGCUCCAAGGAAUGAAUGUUCUUUCUCCAAAGCCAAACCCUUCACGUAACCAAACGCAACCUAUAAAUAUACCCAUCUCGUUAUCUUCUUCCCAGAGCGAAUUCAACCGUUUUGCAGCCUCUUCUUCAUCGAUUAAAGGAUAUAUAUAUUCCUGUAUAUAUAUAUAUAUAUAUUACAGCAAUUAAUGGCUGAAGCAGCGCAGGCGAUGAAGAGAUCGGAGUCGAUAGCGGACAGCAUGGCGGAAGCCCUCAGAGAGAGCCGCUACCACAUGAAGCGGUGCUUCUCCAAGUACAUGGAGACGGAGAAGGAGAAGGAGAAGAAGAGGCUGAUGAAACUUCCCCAGUUGAUAGCUGAAAUGGAGAUGGUUAUCAAAGAUAAGAGAGAGAGGGAGGACCUCUUAGGCAGCUUGUUCGGCUACAUCUUGACCAGCACCCAGGAAGCCGCCGUCGUUCCGCCGCAUAUCGCCUUAGCCGUGAGACCGCAUCCCGGAUUUUGGGAAUUCAUCAAAGUGAACUCUACUGAUCUAGUCGUAUAUAGCAUCAGCGCCGCCGAAUACUUGCAGAUGAAGGAGAUGAUAGUCGACGAGGAUUGGGCAGCGGAUGAAAAUGCUUUGGAAGUUGAUUUUGGCGCCGUCGAGUUUUCCGUGCCUCGCCUGACUCUGUCUUCUUCGAUCGGAAGUGGAAUCCAGUUCGUAUCAAGGUUCCUCAGUGCCAAUCUGUAUACUGGAUCACAGCCUGCGCAGGCUCUCAUAGAUUACUUGCUCUCGUUAAAUCACCAUGGAGAGAGAUUUAUGAUCAACGAGACGCUCAACACCUCUUCGAAGCUGCAGGCUGCUCUAAUAGUGGCCGAAGCAGCCCUAGAAACCCUACCAAAGGACACGCCAUAUGAGAGCUUUGACCAAAGGUUUAGGCAAUGGGGCUUCGAGAAAGGAUGGGGUGACACUGCAGAAAGAGUAAAGGAGACGAUGACAUUUCUUUCGGAGAUACUGCAGGCACCCGAUCCGUCGAACACGGAGAAGUUCUUUGGCAGGCUUCCAACGGUUUUCAAUGUUGUCUUGUUCUCAGUCCAUGGCUACUUCGGCAAAGCAGAUGUCCUUGGCUUGCCGGACACCGGUGGGCAGGUGGUUUAUGUUUUAGAUCAAGUGGUUGCUUUGGAAGAAGAACUGCUUCUCCGAAUUAAGCAGCAAGGUCUUAAUGUGAAGCCUAUGAUUCUUGUGGUCACUCGGCUUAUCCCAGAUUCUAAAGGCACCAAUUGCAGUCAGGACAUUGAACGGAUUGACAACACAAAGUACUCCUCUAUCCUUCGGGUGCCAUUUGUGAAGGAAGAUGGAGAAGUGCUCCCCCAAUGGGUUUCUCGUUUUGACAUUUAUCCCUACCUUGAAAGAUAUACCGAGGAUGCUCAAGAGAAAAUCAUCGAAUUCAUGGGCGGGAAACCAGAUCUUAUCAUUGGAAACUACACAGAUGGGAAUCUGGUAGCAUCGCUUAUGGCCAGGAAACUUGGGACAACUCUGGGUACGAUUGCACAUGCUUUGGAGAAGACGAAGUACGAAGAUUCAGACCUCAAAUGGAAAGAGUUGGAAACUAAGUAUCAUUUCUCGUGCCAAUUCACGGCAGAUAUGAUUGCCAUGAACUCUGCAGAUUUCAUCAUUGCAAGCACAUACCAGGAAAUUGCAGGAAGCAAAGAUAGGCCUGGACAGUACGAAAGCCAUGCUGCAUUUACUCUUCCAGGGAUUUGCAGAGUUGUUUCAGGCAUCAAUGUCUUUGAUCCCAAAUUCAACAUCGCUUCCCCUGGGGCAGACCAAUCUGUGUAUUUCCCUUACACGGAGAAACAUAAGCGAUUCAACUCAUUUCGUGCAGCCAUAGAAGAACUACUCUUUAGCAGAGUCGACAACAGUGAACACAUUGGAUAUCUAGAAGACAGGAGGAAGCCAAUCAUCUUCUCCAUGGCGAGGCUUGAUACAGUGAAGAACAUCACUGGAUUAACUGAGUGGUAUGGAAAGAACAAGAGGCUGAGAAAUUUGGUCAAUCUUGUUGUUGUCGCUGGCUUCUUUGAUCCUUCAAAAUCUAAAGACAGAGAAGAAGCAACUGAAAUCAGGAAUAUGCAUUCGUUGAUUGAAAAAUACCAACUCAAGGGCCAAAUUAGAUGGAUAGCAGCGCAGACUGAUAGGCACCGGAAUGGAGAGCUCUAUCGCUGCAUUGCUGACUCGAAAGGAGCUUUUGUGCAGCCUGCUCAUUACGAAGCGUUUGGCCUUACAGUCAUUGAAGCAAUGAACUGUGGACUGCCCACCUUCGCAACCAACCAAGGUGGCCCCGCUGAGAUCGUCGUUGAUGGGGUUUCAGGUUUUCAUAUUGAUCCCAAUAAUGGAGAUGAGACGGGCAACAAGAUUGCUGAUUUUUUCCAUAAGUGCAAACAGGACUCCGGGCACUGGCUCAGGAUGUCAGAGGCAGCGGUUCGGCGAAUCAACGAGUGCUACACAUGGAAGAUCUAUGCAAACAAGGUGUUAAAUAUGGGUAGCAUCUAUGGCUUCUGGAGGCAGUUGAACAAGAAAGAGAAACAAGCAAAGCAAAAAUACAUUGACAUGUUCUAUAAUCUGCAAUUCAGAAACUUGGUGCAGAAGAUCACCACUUCAAAGUGUGGAAUUAAAAAACAUAUGCACAAGCCAAAACCCAAAUCCCAAGAGAGCUCAAAGCGCGCGUCUUCCAGCUUGCAGAGAUUAACGUACAGGCUGUUUGGAUCUUGAAGAUCCCGUACAACACCACGUACGGCGGCUCAACCACACACUAACCGGCGUCGCUGCCCUGCCACACCACACUCGCCGCCAAAGUGAUUUGUAUAUUGAAACAAAUAAAUAGAGAAUUUGGUGUUUGAUGUGAUUCCAUUCUUUGAUGUGUCAAAAAUAUGUAAUAAUAAUAAUAAUAAUAAUAAUAAUGUUGUAUGUUACACAACAUUAUAUAAUAAAAGAAUCACUGC